AUGAGUAUAUUAUUAGCUGAUGGUCGAUCAGCACCGGCUCGCCGCCCUUCACACACUGGUAGCAUUUCAUCAGUCUGUCAAAUACAAUGGUCACCAUCCAUUACAAUCCGUCAUGGAAGUAUAUCAGGAAUGGGACGACGUCGUGCACUCGAUUUAUAUGGUACAAAAGAUGUAGUUUUUUCACAUGAACAAGUGAAAAGAGCUAAAAGAUCACACGAUAGUACAACUGGCAUCACUGUAUCAGGGUAG